AUGCGUGUUCGAGGUUCACGAACUCGCACAAUGUCAGAUUCACCAACAAAUAAGAGUCAAUCUGAAGACGAAAUAUUUGACGACACCGCGACUAGCCUCCCGGAAAGGAUCACUGACGACAAUUUCGAUAAUGAAUUGGUAACUAAAUUAAGGGAUCAAGUUGAGAAACUAACGCUUCGAUUAUGUAGUGCUGAGGAAGAAAUAGAGAUACUUUCACUUGAAAACAGUAAUCUUAAACAGUCUAAUCAGGAGUUAGAAAAGAAAAACGUCUUUUAUAAAACCCUUAUCAGCACUCCUACAAGAAAAACUAGACCCUCUACACCAAAAAAAAUUGAUUUAUUAACUAGCAAGACUAUACAAAAUGAGCAAGUCAUUUCUGAUAGUGAGAAAAAAAAUAAAGGCACUCAAACAAUUUCUACUGACGUUAUAGGAUCACCGAAGCAAGAAUCCACGGUAUCCCCAUCGAUCCUAUAUAAACAAACCUAUAGCCAAGAGAUGGAGGGAAAAGUUAGUAAAAUUUGCAUUAUAAGCGAGAAUAAAUACAAUAAAAUACGUACAAUUGCAGAGAAUAAAUUUGACGACUACGAAUUAUGUCAUUAUCUUACACCAUAUUCAGGAAUAAAAAAUAUGUUUCGUGGAUUGGAGUCAAAACUGAGGAAAUAUACGAUGAGCGAUUUCUGCAUUAUAUUGAUUGGUGAAACAGACUUCGAAUCGACAAAGGAUUAUUCGAAUAUCAUUCUUCACAUGAGGACAGUACUUAAAAACAUUCAGCAUACAAAUGUUAUCCUCUGCAUGCCGACCUACAGUCAAUGCAUUGAUAAUGUCACCCUGUACAACAAGAGAGUGGAAAUGUUUAAUAAACUACUAUAUCAGGAUAUUUUAACACACGAACAUGCCUAUUUUAUUGACUGUAAUAAGAACCUAACGUGGGACCAUAGGAUGUACAAACAAAAUUCAGGAACAGUGAAUAAUUACGGUAUGAAAGUAAUUUUUCAGGAUAUCGCUGCACUUGUGACUUUCAUACGGGAAAAUACCCUUGAGAGUACUGAGAGCGGAAACAUCAAUAAUAUGAAUGAACAGCAACCGGAAUUACAGUACUUUCGAUUAUCAGUACCUAAACAUUAUGCAUCAGAACAUUGCAGGCUUAGUAAAUAA